GCCGAGACCCACAAACCGCGGGGUCUGUUCUCCGCCAAUCUCUCUGCGUCUCGCUCGCUCGCUCGCUUCGAUUUCCGGCGAAAAAGUAGCGGCUAAAAAGAUGGGGGAUGAAGGGGAAGCGCUGCUGAAGAAGAAGAACAACAAGGCGCUUGGGCGUAGCAAAUCGCACGCGUUCGACGAGCUGCAUAGCUUCAGGUCAUGGUUGAAAUGGAUGUGCGUGGAUCAGUCGGACCGGUGCUCCACCGCGCUCUCGUGGACCGUCUUCCUGGUGAUGACCGUCGGCGUCCCUUGCUUCUCGCACUUCUUCCUUGCCUGCAGCGGCUGCGACAACCAGCACAGUAGGCCCUACGACGCCAUUGUUCAGCUCUCUCUCAGUGGCGUCGCCGCCCUCUCCUUCGUCUGCCUCUCCGGCUUCGUCCGGAGAUACGGCCUCCGCAGGUUCUUGUUCUUCGAUAAGCUCUGCGACGAGAGCGAGGCGGUCAGGAAAUGCUACACUGAACAGCUCAAUAGAUCAAUAAGGAUCCUUUUCAUCUUUGUCAUGCCUUGUCUUGCUGCUGAAAGUGCAUACAAGAUAUGGUGGUACACCUCAGGUGGGACCCAAAUCCCAUUCUUGGGCAAUGCUGUUGUGAGUGAUGUCUUUGCCUGCACACUGGAGCUGUGCUCUUGGCUUUACAGGACGGUGGUCUUCUUCCUCGUGUGCGUUCUAUUCCGUCUCAUCUGCUACCUCCAGAUCCUCAGACUGCAAGAUUUCGCUCAGGUUUUCCAUCAAGACUCCAAUGUGGAAUCGGUGUUAAGGGAGCACCUCAGGAUCAGAAGGUAUUUGCGGAUUAUAAGCCACAGAUACCGUGUUUUCAUCUUAUGGGCAUUGGUGUUCAUCACAGCUAGCCAAUUCGCGUCUCUUCUUGUGACUACACGAGCCACUGCAGAUCUCCAUAUCUACAAGAGUGGUGAACUCGCGCUUUGCUCUCUCAGUCUUCUUGCUGGCCUCAUGAUACUACUGAGAAGUGCAACGAGAAUUACCCACAAAGCACAAGGAGUGACAUGCCUUGCUGCUAAGUGGCAUGUGUGUGCAACGAUUGACUCGUUUGAUACAGUCGAGGCUGAGACUCCACAAAUUGCUCAGAUGCCUUCAGCAGACUGUGUGUUCCCCGUGACUUCUGAUCCAUCUUCUGAUGCUGAUGAUGUUGGUGACGAAGAAGACGAGCUAGACAACACAAACUUUGUUCAUUCAUAUGCCUUUAGCACGAUUUCGUUUCAAAAAAGACAGGCCUUGGUUACAUAUUUUGAGAACAACCGAGCGGGUAUUACAAUAUAUGGAUUCAUGUUGGACCGGUCUUCGCUUCACACAAUAUUUGGUAUAGAAUUGUCACUGGUGCUGUGGUUGCUGGGGAAAACAGUUGGCAUUUCUUGAAUGAUGAUCAGAACUGCAGCAUUGACAGAAUUUAAUGGAUUCAACACAUACAUAGUUCAUGAAUGCCAACAGAAGAGCUGGUGAUUCAGUUUUGUUGGCACGGUGAAACUUAAUAUAUAUAUGUAUAUGUAUAUGUAUAUGAUGGUGCUGGAGCCUGGGAAUGUAAAAGCUAUUCAAUAAUUUGUUGAUUCUGAUCUUUGGUUGUAGCUCUGUAUCCAUGUUUUCCCCUUAUUAACUGCCAGCCAUUAUAUUCCUGUUAUUUGAUCUGCAGUGAUGUUUUUGGAGAGUUUGGCAAUCAAGCAUUUGUCUUGUAACUUGUGUCUCUAUUUAUGGAGAGCCUUAUGCAAUAUUA